GGCUGGGCGGGGCUGCCGCUAACCGCGUCUCUGUGCGUCCCGCAGGCUGGGAGCCCGAGCCGCCGCGCCGGUCCGCCGGCGAUGAUCACCUAGGAGGCUGGCGCGGGCGGGCGCGAGCGGCGGAGGAGCCGGGCGCGGCGAUACGCGGCCAUGGAGUGGGAGCCGGCGGCGGCUGAGGAGCCCGGGCCCCCGGGACGGCGGCGGCGGCGGCGGCGGCGGCGCCGCCGCCGGGAGGUCAGGACGCGCACGGUGUGCUCCAAUCUGCUGCCGCCCCCGGGCGCCGAAGACCCCGUGGCGAGCGCGGCCAAGGGCGCGCGGCGGCGGCGGUGCGGGGGCGCCCAGCACCUGGCCGACAACCGGCUCAAGACCACCAAGUACACUGUGUUGUCCUUCCUGCCCAAGAACCUGUUCGAGCAGUUCCAUCGCCUGGCCAACGUGUACUUCGUCUUCAUCGCGCUGCUCAACUUCGUGCCGGCGGUGAACGCCUUUCAGCCCGGCCUGGCACUGGCGCCCGUGCUCUUCAUCCUGGCGGUCACGGCCUUCAAGGACCUGUGGGAGGACUACAGCCGUCACCGCUCCGACCAAGAGAUCAACCACCUGGGCUGCCUCGUCUUCAGCAGGGAAGAAAAGCAAUACGUGAACCGAUUCUGGAAAGAAAUCCGCGUGGGAGACUUUGUGCGUCUUCGCUGCAACGAGAUCAUCCCUGCAGACAUCCUACUGCUCUAUUCGAGUGACCCCGACGGGCUGUGCCACAUCGAGACGGCCAACCUGGAUGGAGAGACCAACCUGAAACGGCGCCAGGUGGUCCGAGGCUUCUCCGAGCUCGUCUCCGAAUUCAAUCCUUUGACGUUCACCAGCGUAAUCGAGUGUGAGAAGCCCAACAACGACCUGACUAGGUUUCAUGGGUGCAUCAUACACAACAACGGGAAAAAGGCUGGGCUCUACAAAGAAAACCUGCUGCUUCGAGGCUGCACCAUCCGAAACACAGAAGCCGUCGUGGGCAUCGUCAUCUACGCAGGACACGAGACCAAGGCUCUGCUGAACAACAGCGGGCCCCGCUACAAGCGCAGCCGGCUGGAGAGGCAGAUGAACUGCGACGUGCUCUGGUGUGUCCUCCUCCUCAUGUGUAUGUCUCUGUUUUCGGCUGUCGGACAUGGACUAUGGGUGCAGCGCUAUCAAGAGAAGAAAUCAUUAUUUGAUGUCCCCGAGUCUGACGGCACCUCUUUAUCCCCAGUCACAGCUGCAGUUUAUUCAUUUUUGACAAUGAUAAUAGUUCUGCAGGUGUUGAUCCCAAUUUCCUUGUACGUUUCCAUUGAAAUUGUUAAAGUAUGCCAAGUGUACUUCAUUCACCAGGAUGUAGAGUUGUAUGAUGAGGAGACGGACUCGCAGCUGCAGUGCCGAGCCCUGAACAUCACGGAAGACCUAGGGCAGAUACAGUAUAUCUUCUCCGAUAAAACUGGCACUUUAACUGAGAAUAAGAUGGUUUUCCGAAGAUGCACUGUGUCUGGCAUAGAAUAUUCUCAUGAUGCAAAUGCCCGGCGUCUGGCCAGGUACCAGGAGGCAGACUCGGAGGAGGAGGAGGUGAUGUCCAGAGGGGGCUCGCUGCCCCAGCGCAGCAGCACCGGGAGCCACCAAAACAUCCGAGUCGUGCAUCGGAGCCAGAGCACCAGGUCACACCGGCGCACCAGCAGCCGUGCCGAGGCCAAGAGGGCCAGCAUGCUGUCCAAGCACACAGCCUUCAGCAGCCCCAUGGAGAAGGACAUAACGCCCGACCCGAAGCUGCUGGAGAAGGUGAGCGAGUGUGACAGGUGCCUGGCCUUUGCAAGGCACCAGGAGCACCCACUGGCCUACCUCUCGCCUGAGCUGUCUGACAUUUUCGACUUCUUCAUUGCACUCACCAUCUGCAACACAGUGGUGGUCACGUCCCCGGAUCAGCCGCGACAAAAGGUGAGGGUGCGCUUCGAGCUGAAGUCCCCAGUGAAGACGAUAGAAGAUUUCCUCCGGAGGUUCACGCCCAGCCGCCUGGCCUUGGGCUGCAGCAGCACUGGGAGCGUGGCCACCAACAAGUCGGCGCACAAGUCCAGCCUCUUGUCCACGCUGGCCAACGACGGCACGCUGUUCCGGCUGGAGGAGAGGCUGGGCCCACCAGCCCCGGGCCUCGCCAGCAAUGGCUACAGCAGCGGGGCGGACGGCUGGGCACCUGAGUGCUCAGCGCAGGAGCCUGAGCCCGAGCGGGAGCUGCGCUACGAGGCCGAGAGCCCCGACGAGGCAGCUCUUGUCUACGCCGCCCGCGCCUACAGCUGCGCGCUCGUGGACCGACUGCACGACCAGGUGUCGGUAGAGCUGCCCCACCUGGGCAGGCUCACCUUCGAGCUCCUGCACACGCUGGGCUUCGACUCCAUCCGCAAGAGGAUGUCGGUGGUGAUCCGGCACCCACUCACGGACGAGAUCAACGUCUACACCAAGGGGGCCGACUCGGUGGUCAUGGACCUCCUGCUUCCCUGCUCCACAGAUGACGCCAGAGGAAGGCAUCAAAAGAAGAUCCGGAGCAAGACUCAGAACUACCUCAACCUGUACGCGGUGGAGGGCCUGCGCACCUUGUGCAUCGCCAAGAGGGUUCUGAGUAAGGAAGAGUAUGCCUGUUGGCUGCAGAGCCACUUGGAAGCGGAAUCCGCCCUGGACAACCGCGAGGAGCUCCUGUUUCAGUCUGCCAUUCGCCUGGAGAGGAAUCUGCAUCUGUUGGGUGCCACUGGGAUUGAAGACCGCCUGCAGGACGGAGUCCCUGAAACCAUUGCUAAAUUGCGUCAAGCAGGCCUGCAGAUUUGGGUUCUCACUGGUGACAAACAGGAAACAGCCAUUAACAUCGCUUACGCCUGCAAACUGCUGGACCACGACGAGGAAGUCAUCACCCUGAAUGCCGAAUCCCAGGAGGCGUGCGCAGCCCUGCUGGACCAGUGCCUAUGCUAUGUGCAGUCCAGGAGCCCCCACAGUGCCACCGACAAGACCGCUGGCGGCGUGAGCGUGGGCUUCUCCCCACUCUGCCCGCCCUCUGCAGCUGCCAUCUCUGGUCCCAGCCCCAGCCUUGUGAUCGAUGGGAGAAGUCUGGCCUAUGCCCUCGAGAAAAACCUGGAGGACAAAUUCCUCUUCCUUGCUAAGCAGUGCCGGUCUGUCCUUUGCUGUCGCUCGACUCCCCUACAGAAGAGCAUGGUGGUGAAGCUGGUCAGGAGCAAGCUCAAGGCCAUGACUCUGGCCAUAGGAGAUGGAGCCAAUGAUGUCAGCAUGAUCCAGGUGGCAGACGUGGGCGUGGGACUCUCAGGCCAGGAGGGCAUGCAGGCAGUGAUGGCCAGCGACUUCGCGGUGCCCAAAUUCCGAUACCUCGAGAGGCUCUUGAUCGUUCAUGGACAUUGGUGCUAUUCCCGACUUGCCAACAUGGUGCUGUACUUCUUCUACAAAAACACAAUGUUCGUGGGCCUCCUGUUUUGGUUCCAGUUUUACUGUGGCUUCUCUGCGUCCGCCAUGAUUGACCAGUGGUAUCUGAUCUUCUUUAAUCUGCUCUUCUCAUCGCUUCCCCAGCUUGUGACUGGGGUGCUGGACAAGGACGUGCCGGCUGACGUGCUGCUGACCAAGCCGCAGCUCUACAAGAGCGGCCAGAACAUGGAGGAAUAUCGGCCUCGUACGUUCUGGUUGAACAUGGCUGAUGCUGCCUUCCAGAGCCUCGUGUGUUUUUUCAUUCCCUACCUGGCCUACCACGACUCAGACACAGACAUGUUCACCUGGGGGACCCCCAUCACCGCCAUCGCGCUGUUCACCUUCCUCCUGCACCUGGGUAUAGAAACCAAGACCUGGACCUGGCUCAACUGGAUGGCUUGUGGCUUCAGUAUCCUUUUAUUUUUCACCGUGGCUUUGAUUUAUAAUGCUUCCUGUGCAGUGUGCUACCCUCCAUCCAACCCCUAUUGGACCAUGCAGACGUUAAUGGGUGACCCUGUGUUUUACUUCAUUUGUCUCAUAGCACCCGUCGCCGCGCUGCUGCCCAGAUUGUUUUUCAAAGCCCUGCAGGGGAGCCUUUUCCCCACCCAACUGCAGCUGGAACGCCAGUUGGUUAGAAGGUCCCCCAGGAAACUCAGGGCUCCCAAAGAGACCUUUGCUCAGGGACACCUCCCAGGAGAACCGAGGACGGAACCGUCAGAACAGAGGAACAUCAGUGCCUUGGGGUCCUUCUCCCAGGAUUGUAGCUCGCAGGUGUUUUGGCACACACAGCAGUCGGCCUGCUCCCCAGAGGGCAGCGGGGAGACCAGCGUGGUGGACAUGGGCGUGUCUCUGAGGGAGGACACCCUGCUGGAAGGGCUGGGCAGCCAGACCCCAGGAUCCUCCUCACCAGGGGAGGUGAUCCCGGAAGGCUGUCCAGGGGACUCCAAGAUGAAACCCACAAGUGCCAGCAGGGCAGCUGCCCUGUCGUCCAUCUUCAGCCUGCCCAGCCUCAGCUCACUCAACUGGAUUUCCUCCCUCUCUCUGGUCAGCGGGCUGGGAAGCGUCCUACAGUUCUCCCAAAGGUUUACAGAUGGACAAGCAGGACGGCGAGUUCCUACCCAGCCCCCCGCAGCCAGACCAGGACCUGCGAGGCUUGAGUGGGCAGACCACGGACUACUUCUAGGACCUCCUUCCAGGGACUACAGCUGGCGGUGGCAGCGGUGAAAACCUCAAAAUGCCUUUUUUUUAUAACAUAGAUGUUAAUACUAUUUAUGUUUAUUAUUUGCACAGAAGAGUUCUAGUAAGAUGUAUUUUAUAUAUUUCCAAGGCCAACACAGGAAAUGAAAGGUACCAGAAAAGAAAGUUUAUUUUUUAAAAUUUCUAACUAGAGUAUAUUGAAAAGAAAAAUAAGAGCUUUAUCGUAUAUAAAAGUUUAAGGAAGAGC